CGACAGGAAACUGCAGGUAUCGUUCUGCCUGGGUGGUACCAAGUUACACAUUUUUGAGCUUCAUUUGUUUAAGGGACAAAUACCUUGUUAAAAAAAAGUUACUGUCAGAGCUGUGAUCUGAAGCCUUUCUGGACUGAAAAAGCUGCCAACAGGAGAAGAUGCUGAAACAAUCAGCCUUCAUCUUGCUGCUCCUGCAGCUGGUGUGCAGUGCAGGUCAAGCAUCAGGACUGGAAAUCCUUUUGAGCAAGCCAGACCUCCAAGUUGGAGAACAAAUCUUGCUGGUUUGUAGAUCCACAAAAGACGGAGAUUUUACGUGGCAUAAGGAUGCAGAAGAAAUUGAUGAUGAAGAUAUUGUGUCAAAGGUGGAUCCCACCACCUCCAAGCUGGUUAUUAAAAAGGCCAGCCUGUCCGAUGCGGGCACGUAUACCUGCGCGUUUGAGUCCGACGAUGGACACAAGUCCAGUGCUCAGUCAGUUGUGUAUGUUUACGAGGGCCCAUCGUUCCAUGGCACCACCACCUACCAUGAGUUUCUGGAGGGAACCGACGGGAUGGUGCCGUGUCAGGUGACUGGGCAGCCAGCGGUGGAUGUUCACUGGCUUAAAGACAAGGAACAAAUCCCUUCUACACCUGGAAGGCGUGUUCGUAAGAUGCCCGAUAACACUCUUCAAAUUGAGAGGGUGAAAAAGGACGAUGCCGGGACUUACAUUUGUCAGGCCCAGAUCAAAGGGAGACAAAUUUACCAGGAGCUCCCUGUCUCUGUUGUCGUUAACGCUCCUCCCACUGUGCGGAUUAGAGAAGAGGUGAAAAAAGUGAUUGCCGGGCCUGACACCAAUGUCUCAUUGUUGUGUUUGGUUGAUGGUCUGCCCAAACCCAACAUCUCUUGGAUAUUGCCACUGGACUUUGAUCCUUCCCGACACCUCUUCAACUCAGACCACAGCCAGCUCACCAUCCAGUCUGUGGCCAGGAUCGACUUAGGGGAGUACAUCUGCACGGCCAAAAACAAGAUCGCUGAGAGCAGUGCUACCCUCACGCUGCACGUUUUUGAGCCCCCAGAGGUGUUUAUCUCAGAAGAUAAGCACAGGGUGAAUGUGGGUGAGCGUGUUUCUGUGUCCUGUAACGUGACUGGCCAUCCUCAGCCCGAGCUACACUGGAUCAACAAGCAAAAUGGACAAGAACUGGAUUCUACUGGCCAUAUCCGUGUGGUGGACGGCAUGCUGGAGAUUGAGGAAGUGAUGCCCUCUGAUGGCGGACGCUACUCCUGCAUGGCUGUCGGUACUUCUGGCAAUGCAUCAAGAGAUGUUGAAAUUCACACUCAGCCCGGGCCACCACAUUACCUGACCGUCGCCCCAGGUCCAACCUCUGUGCUCUUUACACUCAAAACCUUCCCCAUCAAUGGAGGAACACCGAUCCGAAAUUUUGCCCUGCAGUGGAAGGAAAAGGCAAUGGAAAAGUGGGAAGAGCUCAUGGUUGCAGCUUCAGAUGUUCUGGCUAUCACAGACCUGAAGCCGUACACGACGUACUCAGUUCGUAUGGCGGCCUUAAACGAUGUGGGACGGGGGCUGUUCUCAACAGAACACACGGUUCGCACUGAGGGCAAACAAGGUGAACCAGAGAGUCCAGCUUUAUCCACCGAUCAGGCAGUAGUCGAGGGCAACUCCUUCUCUGUUCCUCUUGAACGGACCGAUGACGGUGGAUCCUCCCUGCUGCACUACAACGUCCAAUACAAGCAGGAUACAGAUGAGAGUGAGUGGCAAUCCAUGCAGCUGCCUCCUGAAGCUAAAUCUGUCGACCUGAAAGACCUGGCCUAUGGUUCAGGCUAUCACCUGGAAGUCGCAGCUGUCAACUCUAACGGCUCCUCCAUCAGUGCAACGUUCAACUUCACAGUUGCAGAACAGCCUGUGAGCAGCAACAUGACCAAAGGCGCCGUGGUCGGCAUCGUGAUGUUGAUCUUCCUGGUGGUGUUCCUGGCCGUAGAUGCCACCUGCUGCUACAGAAACCGCUGCGGUGUGCUCAUGGCCAUUGCCGGGAAGCUGUCCGGGUGGAAAGAUCCGGGUCUGAAAAAGGUUGAGGAAGGAGACGGGACAACUAAUGGAGACGUGACACUGAAGGGUAUCGCCAAACCGCGAGGCAGUAUUCAGACAGUCAGCAAAGAGGCAGGUCAGCUCGCAGAGGUCACCUGCGACAAAGCCCCCCUCACCAAAAAUGAGAAAUUAGAACCCACAGCUGACCUAUGAGGUGUUAUAAACUACAGAAGAAAAAUUAAGAACUAAAGAAAACAUGUUGUACAGAGAGCAAGAGAAGAAGUCAGUGGAUCCCAGCCGCUGUGGGAGAAGUCAAACACACUGAAACACUGCAGGAAAGGGACUGGUUUGGACUGAUUGUGAUAAAACUGAGCUGAUCCUGGCUUCUGGGCUGUUAGCAUGGAGGGGAUGGUUAGCCUGGGUGUUAGCCUCGGUUUUUACACUUGUUUGUUCAUUAACAGGGUAAUAAUGAUGUCUGUGUUUUACAGGGUAAACGUUUUGUUACUGUGUAAUCUUCAUAACAACUUUUGUGGAAGAAAACGGUAACAUUUACUUGGCACAACAAAUGUUUAGCUACUGCUUUUCAUAGUCUUGCAGACCGAAUUAUCUUUUUGUUGUUGCUAAAUUCUGUUCUGCUAACAUUGUGUCUCCAGUAGGAAUCAUUAAAAUUAAUUUAAUACUUAAUAUCUUAACUAUAUGUUACUGAAUUUGAAUGUAAGUUAACUCCAGAUAUUAUUUAUUAUUUUAGAAUGUUAGCUUAAUAAACGUUAUGUGUUCAAGGAGGGUAUGGAUACGUCCACUACCAUCUUUAACUUUGUUACUCGCUGUGCUUUUAAGCACUUUUCUGUGAACAGCCAGAUAAGGGACUUGUAAUUAAAAGCUGCUUAAGAAAUAAGUAGCUCAACCACUCACCUGCAAAGAAAUUCAACAACAGAGCAGCAAAUCAGCUGUUUAGCUUACUUAACGCUUUUUUAAUG